CCGUUCCGAUCCCCUCUCCUCUCGUCCCCCGACUCCGCGCCGCCGGCGAGGGUUUGGCUCGCGCCCGGCCACCCCCACGGCCGCCGCCGCUCCUCCUCUCCCCAAGCAGCGCUUACCCUCGGCGACGGGCGCGCGAGUGCCGAGCCCCCUGCCGCCGCCAGAUCCGCCGUCUUCGAGCUCAGCGACGUGCUCCGGCGCGCAACCCGCGGGGACGCCGGAGAUGAGCUACAGUGGGAGCGGCGGGGGGAAGCGCCUUCGCACGUCGCCGAGCGAGGCGGAGGGUAGCCCCAGGCGCCGUCGUGGGUCGCCGUCGGUCUACUCUCCGUCGCCGUCGCCCUACCGGUCACCCUCGCCGCUGCCGUCGCCGUCGACCUACAGGUCGCUCUCGCACUCGCCGUCGCCCUGCCGCUCGUGGUCGCACAGGCCGCCCAGCGACGACGACGCCGACGAUCUGAGCCGCAGCCGCGGGUCGGACGACCUCGACCGGCACGGGCGGAGGCCUGCCUGGAGGCCACACGCCCACAAGGAGCUGGGCGAGCAUGGGCGCACCGGCGAGUACAGCGUCCGGAUCGACGACUACGACCGCCUCUUCACCUGCAAGGCCUGCCGCCGCAUGCUCUCGCCGCCGGUCUACCAGUGCCCCUUCGCCCACGUCACUUGCUCGAGGUGCCACGAAGAAGUCGGGGACAACCGGUGCAGUUGCUGCGGCAGCGGCAAUGGUUAUGGGCGCAACCGCGUCGUCGAGGAGUUCCUAGGCCGCAUCCGCUUCUCCUGCCGCAACAAAGUGCACGACUGUGAGGCCUACCUUCCGCACCAUGAGAUGCGCGAGCAUGAGCAGACCUGCCGCCACGAGCCUAUCUUCUGCCCUGUCUCCCAAUGUGGCUUCGCCAGCCGGGCUGUCGCACUCACGACCCACCUCACUCUCCGCCACCACUGGGACACAAUCAGGUUUCACUAUGACGAGAACUUCCGGGCCUCUGCCCUCGCGUCGACCAUCUUCCAGAGCCGGGAUGAUGGUGAGCUGUUCUUCCUCGACAGCUUCAGCGAGGGCCGUGGCAUUGCUCUGUCCAUGAUCUGCAUCCGCCCUGAGAACGCUCGGGAGCAGGAGUUCGUGUAUGAGCUGAAGACGCCGGCAGGAAACAGUGGCAGACGGCCCUGGGUGCAGAUGCAGUCGACGGCACGGAACACAUCGCUGCGUCACGGGCUGGGAGAGAAGGAGAAGGUCUUCCUGCUGGUCCCGAAGGACCUGCCGGGCAUCGAGGAUGGCAGUGUGGAGGUGUGCAUCCGUAAGCUUGGCCACAAUUCUGACUCUGUAUAGGUUAGGCGACCUUGGUUGAUGGCGAUGCUCGCUAAAUUUUAUAGGAUUACUGCUAGUAGUAGAUUCCAGUUCAUUGCUGAAUGUUGAGGUAAUCUGAAUUUCAUAUUGGUGAAUGCAUUGUCUGUUGUGGAUUUUUGGAUUGUUGAGAUGGGGAACGUAAGCUCUGUUGACUGUCA